CCACAGAAUAUGCUAGGGACAGUCAGUUCUAUUCAAAAUGUUCAUUGGAACACUUCUCCUCUGCCUUCUUCUCUCUUCAGGUCAGUCCAAGACUCUGCCUCCUGGAACGUUUUUUCUGCCUCUGGAUGCCAGAGGUGCUCAUACCCUCUACUGGAGACUGGACUACGAUGAUCGGACCGUCUCCAUGGAGCUACACUCCCAAGUCCCUACAGGAUCUUGGUUGGCUCUUGGCUUCUCCGAUUACGGGGACAUUGCCAGCGCUGAUCUAUGCUUCUUUUGGACUGACUGGCGGGGGCACACUCAUCUGGAGGACACUUGGACAACAGAAGAUGGGAAGCUCUACCGUGACGCACAGCAAGAUUGUCACAACUGGGGCUGGCAGAGGGAGGGGGAUGUCAUCAAACUCGUGUUCUCCAAGAAAUUUGACACUUGCGAUGACUACGACUAUGUUAUUGAGGAAGGCACAACACAUGUGGUGUGGGCAACCGGUCCAGGUCCACUGUUCCAACUGAAGAGACUUGACAUGACCUUGACAGAUCACGGCUUCCAGCGGACCCAGCUACUGAAGAACCUGGCUUCGGUGGUCCAGAUGGCCUCGGACGUGUGGAGCCUCACCGUGACCGAGGACAACAACCAAGUGCCAGGUGGUGAUACUACUUACUGGUGCAAGGUGGUGAGGCUGGACGAACGUCUCUCCAGAAAGCACCACAUCGUCAAGUUUGAGCCAGUGAUCACACAAGGCAACGAGCCACUGGUUCACCACAUGGAAUUGUUCCACUGCGAGGGUCCUGCUGAUAAGGAGUUUCCGCUGUACCGGGGCCCUUGUGACAGCGAGGACAGACCAGAGGACAUCAAGGUCUGCAAGAAGGUGCUGGCUGCGUGGGCCAUGGGAGCUACACCCUUCUACUUUCCUCAGGAAGCUGGGCUACCUGUGGGGGGUGAGGGAUACAACCUGUACGCCAUGUUGGAGGUGCAUUACAAUAAUCCUGAGCUCAGAGAAGACUGGAUCGACAGCUCUGGGCUGCGAGUGUACGUGAGCCCAACCCUCCGCCAACACGAUGCUGGAGUUAUAGAGUUGGGCUUGGAGUAUAUAGACAAGAUGGCGAUACCUCCAGGACAGCCUCAUUUCCCACUCAGUGGCUAUUGCAUCUCAGAGUGCACGGGGGUGAGUAUUCCUCCAGAGGGUAUCACAGUGUUUGGGUCCCAGCUGCACACGCACCUGACUGGCAUUCGGGUGAUGACUCGGCACAUUCGGGAUGGUCGGGAGCUUCCAGAACUUAACCGGGAUAACCACUAUAGCACUCACUUUCAAGAGAUUCGACUGCUGAAGCGAGCUGUCAAAGUUCUUCCUGGUGAUGCUCUGAUUACGACUUGCUUGUACAACACAACCGGUCGCCCCAACAUAACGCUGGGAGGGUUUGCCAUCACUGAUGAGAUGUGUGUCAACUACAUCUACUACUACCCCAAGACUUCUCUGGAGGUGUGUAAGAGUGCCAUCAGUGACCAGAGUCUGCAAACAUACUUUCGACAAGUCCAUGAAUGGGAGAGGCAACCAACAUCGCCUCAUAUGGGGAUCUCAGACAACUACAGAGCUAUAGACUGGAACCCUGUGAGAGCUAGUGUUCUGCAUGAGUUGUAUCUGCAGUCCCCCAUCUACAUGCAGUGUAACCAGAGCAGUGGAGAGAGGUUCCCUGGGGACUGGACGAGUGUUCCGGUCACGCCAGUCCUGUACCCGCUUCCUCCCUCCCCCCGGAUAUGUGACUAACAGCACAAGACCUAAUAGGACAUAUGCAUGUUGAAAUGAAGGAUACUCAUCAUUCCAAAAGAGAGCAAUUCAUAUCCUGCUUUUAAGUUUAACUAAUAGUAAGAAAACAAUAUUACCAUAAGUUUCUGUUUAUUGAAAAUGAACUGAAAUUGAGCAUGAAAUGAUCAUGAUAAAAAUAAAGGCAAUGAUAAUAACAAA